AUGGAUACAGACAUUCUUACGACCAGACCGUCUGCAAACGGUUGGGAUACAGCGUCAGAGUCCGAGCUGCCGGACCUGGACUCAGGCAUCUUCACCGAUGUUUCCUCAAUCGGCAAAAGUGAAGAGACCGUGCCUUAUGAGCCCAUUCAAGGCCAACCGAUGGGGGUUCGAGCCGCGCUACGACCCCAUCAGAUGGAUGGAUUGUCUUUCCUAGUCUAUCUAAGGAGGAACGGCGCGGGUGGCAUACUGGGAGACGAGAUGGGUUUGGGGAAGACCCUUCAAAUACUCUCGCUUUUCCAGUAUGCCAACGAGAACGAGCAGACCAGUCGGACUCCAUUUCUAGUGGUAUGCCCAUUGACCGUACUGCGGUCAUGGGGUCACGAGGCUCGCAAAUGGACGGAUCUCAACGUUGUCGAGUACUAUGGCUCUGCGGAACACAGAAACAGGGUCAGGAUGAUGAUGAAAGCCAGGCAUAAAUCGUCGAGAUCGAUUGAUGUGCUCAUUACAACAUAUGAUACGCUCAACAAAGACAUCGGAUGGUUGUCCCGAGCAUGUGUCUGGAAUUGUAUCGUCUUGGAUGAGGGACAUCGGAUCAAGAACAGCGGGACGAGGAACGCAUGGUCCGUUCAUAAACUUCGCUCAGAUCACAAGAUCGUUCUCACGGGCACGCCUAUCCAGAAUGAUCUUCAUGAGCUGUGGUCCAUAUUUCACUGGUUGUAUCCAGAAGUCUUCAUUCCAUCCACCUCAGAACUCUUCAAGGAUGCAUUUUCCCUCAGUGAAGGGAUGGUUGACUCCGACUUCCUUCUUCAUAUAUUGACAGGCGUUGACAAAUCUUUGCCAGAAGAGCCCUCUUUCAGCACAAAAGCGGAAGUGCAACAAGGUACCAGAGAUGUGAUUCAGAGGAUGUUCAGCAUCAAAGAUGACGGUGAUGAGGUGGCAAGCAUCGUCAGCUCGAUAUUUGAGAGACCAUCUGGAUCGCUCAAAAUUUCAAAGAGAGCCAUUGGGAAUGUGCUGAUGGAACUGCGCAAGUGCUGCAUUCAUCCCUAUCUUCUUGAAGACGUCGUCUCAGAGCGUCGCCUUGGACAUCGCGUCAUCACGGCGUCCGGGAAGUUUGUCGUCCUUUACAAGCUCAUCGAGCAUCUCGUUAUCGGCCAAGGGAAGAAAGUACUCAUUUUCUCUGGUUUUGAUAACGCCUUAAAUGGUUGUGAGGAUCUCCUCCACAUUGCGAGCAAAAAGCAAGCAAGAUUCGGAUAUCUUCGUCUCGAUGGGUCGACCCUGGCUGCUAGGCGCAACCUCUACCUUUACCUUUUCCGAACUGACCCUUUCUUCAAAGUAUUUUUGAUCGCAACUAGGGCAGGCGGAGAAGGUGUAUCCCUAACUAGCGCGUCUGAAGUGGUUUUUCUCGACCUCGACUGGAAUCCCCAGUCGAUAUUGCAGGCGGAAGCUCGGGCACAUCGCAUCGGGCAAACACAGCCUGUCACUGUGUACAAGAUCUGUACACAUGGGACGGUUGAGGAGCAGAUGAUGAGCCGGCUCGCAAAGAGGCUCUACCUCUCUUCGAAAAUCACAGAAAAGAUCAGUAAUACGGUCAUUCAAAGUAUCGAGCCGGAAGAGCCAUGCCAAUCAGAAUACCGUUCAUUGGCGUCGUUAAUCCGUCGACAAACUCAAACCCUGCCUUGUGAUCAGACUGACCCAGAAGACAUGCUGUCAUGGAGCUGGGAGAAGAUUGUCGAGACAUGCGAGGCCAGAACGGCAGAGGGUGGAGAAGACAGAGACAAGGAAAAGUUCCCGAUCACGGAGGACGAGGAGAGAGAAUGGCUGGAACGCCUGGAGAGGGUCGAAACUUGUCUGUUUAACGGAGUCAAAGUCCCGAGGAGUUCUCACAAGAGACCGAUCGAGGAAGACUUCUUUUCCUUUCUCGAUCCUUCGGAGAGACGAAUCGGGAAGAACAGGACAGUACUAAUAGCAGGAUAUCACGUAGGGAAGGAAUCUUUGGAAUGCAGAGAUGAUGAGGCCGUGCCAACGAUGGCCGGAAAGGACCCUCGUCUUGCUGAUCCGAAGAAAGAAAAGAGGCCUCCGUUUCGACAUCAGAAGACCUGCCUGGUUUGUGGCAAGUGUAAUCGUCUCGAAAAGUGCCAGUCGUGUCCCCGCGUCUACCAUGUCAAGUGCGUGAAAUCACACGAAGCCAAAUCGACGGCAUAUACCCCCGUCAAGCGCAAUUUGUGCUCUCAGCACAACUGCUGUAGUUGUCAGCACACUGCAAGCGAAGCCGGUGGGUUGCUUUUCUGUUGUCGCUCUUGCCAUCGCGCUUUUUGUGAGGACUGCCUCGAGUGGGAAUCUACUACGUUCGUUGGGGAUGAAAUUCCAGAAUUCAGGACUCUCGACUAUCACUCCUCUAGCAGCACUUACUACGUCAUAUGUGAGCAUUGCAACAGAGCGUCUCGAAAGAGUGACAAGCGAAGAGUUCGGCAGGACUCGACUUUGGCAAGCAAGCGUGCGAAGCGUGGUUCGCUCUGA